GAGUGCUUCAGUCGCGAUCCUGGACGAGGGAGAAAAGUUGGCGGUGCCAGAGAUCGAGAGUGGUGCACCGGAUUCCAUGCAUGCGACAGAUGCCACAGUGGACGACACACAGCGAGCAUCUCCUGCCAGUGAGGACAUUCACGACAACGUGGAAGAGGAGCAAACUAACGUCGCAGUGCCACAUGAAGUUUCCGAACGCGAGGUCGAGCUUGCUGUCCCAGUAGAAGAACUCCCACAGUCAGGGAACAAAGAAGUCCAGGAGCCACAGCACGUGCUUGAGGCCGUUCCCGAGCCAGAGGCCGUGCCUGAGGCUUCUGAAGAGGCUGCCAAAGAGGUGCAACCAGCCGAGCCAGUCGUAGCUCAAGUACCAACCGCCACAGUGGAUGACAUCUUACCCACACACGAGGAAAUCAAGGAGGAAGAGAGCAUAGAGCCGGCCAAGGUGGCUGUGGAUGACCACGUGGAGAAUGUCGAGCCCAGGGAGAGUGCUUCAGUCGCGAUCCUGCAGGAGGGAGAAAAGUUGGCAGUGCCAGAGAUGGAGAGUGGUGCACCGGAUUCCAUGCAUGCGACAGAUGCCACAGUGGACGACACACAGCGAGCACCUCCUGCCAGUGAGGACAUUCACGAGAACGUGGAAGAGGAGCAAAGCAAAGUCGAGGUGCAGCAUGAAGUUUCCGAACGCGAGGUCGAGCUUGCUGUCCCAGUAGAAGAACUCCCACCGUCAGGGAACGAAGAAGUCCAGGAGCCACAGCCUGUGCUUGAGGCCGUUCCCGAGACAGAGGCCGUGCCUGAGGCUUCUGAAGAGGAUGCCAAAGAGGUGCAACCAGCCGAGCCAGUUGUAGCUCAAGUACCAACUGCGAAAGUGGAUGACGUCUUACCCGCACACGAGGAAAUCAAGGAGGAAGAGAGCAUAGAGCCGGCCAAGGUGGCUGUGGAUGACCAGGUGGAGAAUGUCGAGCCCAGGGAGAGUGCUUCAGUCGCGAUCCUGCAGGAGGGAGAAAAGUUGGCGGUGCCAGAGAUCGAGAGUGGUGCACUGGAUUCCAUGCAUGCGACAGAUGCCACAGUGGACGACACACAGCGAGCACCUCCUGCCAGUGAGGACAUUCACGACAACGUGGAAGAGGAGCAAAGCAAAGUCGAGGUGCAGCAUGAAGUUUCCGAACGCGAGGUCGAGCUUGCUGUCCCAGUAGAAGAACUCCCACAGUCGGGGAACGAAGAAGUCCAGGAGCCACAGCCUGUGCUUGAGGCCGUUCCCGAGACAGAGGCCGUGCCUGAGGCUUCUGAAGAGGAUGCCAAAGAGGUGCAACCAGCCGAGCCAGUUGUAGCUCAAGUACCAACCGCGAAAGUGGAUGACGUCUUACCCGCACACGAGGAAAUCAAGGAGGAAGAGAGCAUAGAGCAGGCCAAGGUGGCUGUGGAUGACCAGGUGGAGAAUUUCAAGCCCAGGGAGAGUGCUUCAGUAGCGAUCCUGCAGGAGGGAGAAAAGUUGGCGGUGCCAGAGAUCGAGAGUGGUGCUCCAGAUUCCAUCCAUGUGACAGAUGCCACAGUGGACGACACACAGCGAGCACCUCCUGCCAGUGAGGACAUUCACGAGAACGUGGAAGAGGAGCAAUCAAAAGUCGAGGUGCCACAUGAAGUUUCCGAACGCGAGGUCGAGCUUGCUGUCCCAGUAAAAGAACUCCCAGAGUCGGGGAAUGAAGAAGUCCAGGACCCACAGCAUGUGCUUGAGGCCGUUCCCGAGACAGAGGCCGUGCGUGAGGCUGCUGAAGAGGCUGUCAAGGAGGUGGAACCGGCCGAGCCAGUCGUAGCUCAAGUACCACCUGCGAAAGUGGAUGACGUCUUACCCGCUCUCGAGGAAAUGAAGGAGGAAGAGAAUGCCACAGUGGACGACACACAGCGAGCACCUCCUGCCAGUGAGGACAUUCACGACAACGUGGAAGAGGAGCAAAGCAAAGUCGAGGUGCAGCAUGAAGUUUCCGAACGCGAGGUCGAGCUUGCUGUCCCAGUAGAAGAACUCCCACAGUCGGGGAACGAAGAAGUCCAGGAGCCACAGCCUGUGCUUGAGGCCGUUCCCGAGACAGAGGCCGUGCCUGAGGCUUCUGAAGAGGAUGCCAAAGAGGUGCAACCAGCCGAGCCAGUUGUAGCUCAAGUACCAACCGCGAAAGUGGAUGACGUCUUACCCGCACACGAGGAAAUCAAGGAGGAAGAGAAUGCCACAGUGGACGACACACAGCGAGCAUCUCCUGCCAGUGAGGACAUUCACGACAACGUGGAAGAGGAGCAAACCAAAGUCGAGGUGCAGCAUGAAGUUUCCGAACGCAAGGUCGAGCUUGCCGUCCCAGUAGAAGAACUCCCACAGUCAGGGAACGAAGAAGUCCAGCAGCCACAGCCUGUGCUUGAGGCCGUUCCCGAGACAGAGGCCGUGCCUGAGGCUUCUGAAGAGGCUGCCAAAGAGGUGCAACCGGCCGAGCCAGUUGUAGCUCAAGUACCAACCGCGAAAGUGGAUGACGUCUUACCCGCACACGAGGAAAUCAAGGAGGAAGAGAAUGCCACAGUGGACGACACACAGCGAGCACCUCCUGCCAGUGAGGACAUUCACGAGAACGUCGAAGAGGAGCAAAGCAAAGUCGAG